AUGUCUUUCGAGAAAGCUGCGCCAACUGGCAACGAUGUCGGUGGCGAGGUUCAGCGGUCACCGGACGAAUCGCAGGUGUCUCAUGGACCCGGCAACAAGUCAGACGAAGACGCACAGCUGGAAGACGCACAGCUGGAAGACGAUACUCCCCCUGAUGGCGGCGCCGCAGCCUGGCUCGUCGUUCUCGGUGGGUGGUGCUGCUCCUUCAACAGCAUGGGCUGGAUGAACAGCGUGGGCGUCUUUCAGCAGUAUUACGAAAAUGGGCCCCUCGAGGACUACGACAGCAGCACCAUUUCCUGGAUCCCGUCGCUUGAGCUCUUUUUCCUUUUUUUCCUGGGGCCUGUUGUCGGCAUCUUGUUUGACAAAUAUGGACCGAGACCGCUCAUCAUUGUCGGCACAUUUUUCCAUGUUUUUGGGCUGAUGAUGGCUUCCCUGGCAACGACGUACUACCAGUUCCUUCUGUCCCAGGGCGUCUGUAGUGCUGUCGGCCUUGCCUUCUUAUACCCACCUGCGCUCGCGUGCAUUUCAACCUGGUUUUCUCAGAAGCGGGGUGUCGCGAUGGGCAUUAUGGUGACAGGCUCGUCCGUAGGUGGCGUCAUCUUCCCCAUCAUGCUCAAUCGAUUGGUCCAGAAUCCGAGCACUGGGUAUCCCUGGGCUAUACGGAUAGCCGCCUUUCUCGUCUUGGCCUUACAAAUCGUUGCCAUACUCACCAUCCGGCCGAGAUCUAAGCUAGUGCCCAAGAGAAUGCCGGCCGGAGCCCUGGCUGCUCCCUUCAAGGAGUUGCCGUUCCUCACAAUGGUGCUGGGAAUCUCCGUCUUGACGUACGGCAUAUUCAUCCCGGUCAACUACUUGGCCUUGCAGGGUUUUUUGGAGGCCCAUGUGCCGGCAGAUAUGUCACUCUACUUGGUGUCCAUCUUCAAUGCCGCGAGUCUUUUCGGCCGUCUGGGCGCAGGAUACUGGGCCGACUUCGCUGGUCGAUGGAAUGUGUUUAUCAUCGCCUGUGCGCUCUCGGGAAUCACCGAGCUGGCUCUAUGGAUCCCGGCUACCUAUGAGUCCGCCGUCAUCGGCUUCGCCGUCAUGUACGGCUUCGUAUCAGGUGCCUUCAUCGGGCUUUUCGCAACCCUGCCGGCGUCAGUAUCCCCCGUGCCCGAGAUCGGUUACCGGAUGGGCGUCGUCAUGCUCUUCAUCUCGCUUCCCGCCCUCACCAUGGCGCCUAUCGGCGGACAAAUUCUGCAGAAUUCGGCGGAUGGCUGGCUUCACGUGAAGAUUUUCGGGGGUGUCAUGUGCCUCGCUGGAUCGGCCAUUGUUCUGUAUGGCAGGGUCCUCUAUACUAAGAAGUUUUGGGUGGUGUUUUGA